UUCCUCUGUGCCUAAGACGAGGCACUGUGAAGUUCAGUGUGAAAUUAUUGUUUGUUGCUGCUGGACCGAGGAGGAUUGAUAUUGUUUUCUGGCUAGCUACACAGUAGUGUUGUCUAGUUGAAUUUUUUUUUCUUCUGGAUUUGAAAAAAGACGUGGUAAAAAAAAAGAAGAGAACUAGCUGGUUCAAUUCUGUCAUCAGGUUUUCCGGGUUUGGAUGAGAGCUCCCCAACAGUGAGAGGCACCUCCCACACCCUCUCCGCCGUCCAUCAUGCCGCCGCCCGCCGACAUCGUCAAGGUGGCCAUAGAGUGGCCGGGGGCCUUCCCGAAACUCAUGGAGAUCGACCAGAAAAAGCCCCUGUCGGCCAUUAUUAAAGAAGUCUGUGAGGGAUGGUCUUUAGGGAACCACGAAAACUUUGCUCUGCAAAACGCUGAUUCCACUAAUUUCUACAUCACAGAAAAGAAUCGCAAUGACAUAAAGAACGGUUCUAUUCUGCGACUGACAACAUCUCCUUCUCAGACAGCGGCCCAGCUCCACGAGAGGAUACAGUCCUCCAGCAUGGACGCCAAGCUGGAGGCCCUCAAGGAUCUGGCCAACUCCUCCAGGGAUGUCACGUUCGCCCAAGAGUUCAUCAACCUGGAUGGCAUCUCGCUGCUCACCCAGAUGGUGGAGAGUGGCACAGAACGCUAUCAGAAACUACAGAAGAUAAUGAAGCCAUGUUUCGGCGACCUGCUGUCGUUCACGCUGACGGCGUUCGUGGAACUCAUGGACCACGGCAUAGUCUCCUGGGACACCUUCUCCGUCGCCUUCAUCAAGAAGAUCGCGGGCUACGUGAACAAGUCGGCCAUGGACACGGCCGUGCUGCAGCGCUCGCUGGCCAUCCUGGAGUCCAUGGUGCUCAACAGUCAGGACCUCUAUCAGAAGGUGGCCCAGGAGAUCACCAUCGGGCAGCUCAUUCCCCAUCUACAGGGGACUGAUCAGGACAUUCAGACCUACACCAUCGCUGUCAUUAAUGCCUUGUUCCUCAAGGCCCCAGAGGAGAAGAGACAGGAGAUGGCCCACAUUCUAGCCCAGAAACAGCUGCGUUCCAUCAUACUAAGCAAUGUGAUCAGAAGCCCUAAACCAAUCAAUGACGAGAUGGCCCACCAGCUUUACGUGCUGCAGGUCCUGACCUUUAACCUUUUAGAGGACCGCAUGAUGACCAAAAUGGAUCCCCAGGACCAGGCCCAGCGGGAUAUCAUCUUCGAGCUGCGCAGGAUCGCUUUCGACGUGGAGUGUGAGCCUAACAACAGUGGCAGCAUCGAGAAACGCAAGUCCAUGUACACACGCGACUACAAGAAGCUGGGCUUCAUCAACCAUGUGAACCCGGCUGUAGACUUCACCCAGAUUCCCCCUGGGAUGUUGGCUCUGGAUAACAUGCUGUAUUUCGCCAGGCAUCAUCAGGAUGCCUACAUCAGGAUUGUUUUGGAGAACAGCAGUCGUGAGGACAAGCACGAGUGUCCAUUUGGCCGCAGCAGCAUUGAGUUGACCAAGAUGCUGUGUGAGAUCCUCAAAGUGGGAGAGCUGCCCAGUGAGAACUGCCAUGACUUCCACCCCAUGUUCUUCACACACGACCGCUCCUUUGAAGAGUUCUUCUGCAUCUGCAUCCAGCUUCUCAACAAGACUUGGAAAGAGAUGCGGGCCACCAGCGAAGACUUUAACAAGGUCAUGCAGGUGGUGAGGGAACAGAUCAUGCGAGCAUUGACACAGAAGCCUAAUUCCCUGGACCAGUUGAAGAGUCGCCUGCAGAACCUGAGUUACACUGAGAUCCUAAAGAUACGCCAGUCUGAGAGGAUGAACCAAGAAGACUUCCAGUCCCGCCCCAUUCUGGAACUGCGGGAGAAGAUCCAGCCGGAGAUCAUGGAGCUGAUCAAACAGCAGAGGCUGAACCGCCUGUGUGACGGCACAUGCUUCAGGAAGAUCAGCAGCCGCCGGAGACAAGAUAAGUUCUGGUACUGUCGAUUGUCUCCAAACCAUAAAGUCCUGCACUAUGGAGACCUGGAGGAGAGCCCACAAGGGGAAGUACCCCACGACUCUUUACAGGAUAAGUUGCCUGUGGCUGAUAUCAAAUCAGUCGUCACUGGGAAGGACUGUCCUCACAUGAAGGAAAAGGGAGCUUUGAAGCAGAACAAGGAAGUGCUGGAGUUGGCCUUCUCCAUUCUCUACGAGUCAGACGAGUAUUUGAAUUUCAUCGCUCCGGACAAGCAUGAGUACUGUGUGUGGACGGACGGACUGAACGCCCUCCUUGGGAAGGAGAUGACCAGCGAUUUCACCAAGUCAGACAUGGACACCUUGCUCUCCAUGGAGAUGAAGCUCCGCCUCCUCGACCUAGAGAACAUCCAGAUCCCUGAGGCCCCUCCCCCCAUCCCCAAAGAGCCUAGCAACUAUGACUUUGUGUAUGACUGCAAUUAAACAACCAGUCAAAAUCACCUAGCUACUGUACUGGACCAACCAAUUUUCUCUUUCGUAAAUCGCAAACUGGAAAAAGAUUAAUGAAAACCCCAUUAUGAAAAUGAUGAGCAACAGAAAAAGGAUUCUAUUGAACUAUUUUCCUUCCUUCUCGCUACACUUGCUAAACUUCCUUUCUGAAUUAAAGGGUGUGUUUUAACAGGUUUGAGGCGCUUUAAUGACUCUUUGUGGCACUAUGUUGCACAAUGUCUGAACCAUCACGUCACCACUGAGACCAAACCAGGAAGCCUCCCUGUAGGUCCUCUAGUCCUUACCAGAUAUGCUCUUCUAACAGUCUCAACGUUCUCUAAACGUUGUUGUUCGGUCAUCAAUCUCCAAGAUUUUCUCUGUGUACUUCUCCCCUCAAACCUGCUCACUGCUCCUUCACUGCUCCUUCACUGAGUAACUUACCUGUAAUUUUGCUUGGGGUUUGUUGUCGAAAAGCUCUUUGAUAAAUGCUUUUUUUGUUUUGUUGUUGUUUGUUAUCUAAAGGCUGUUAGAUGGAGGUGGGUCGCUUUAUAAAGAGGCUGUAAAGAAGUAUUGGCGGACAUUAGUCUUUGGCUGUCCAACAGUCUGGCCUUGUCCAAAAUGACACCAUAUUCCCUAUGUGGUUCAAUACUUUAGACCCAGACCCUGACCAAAGUGUUGUUCUAUAUUAGGAAUAAGUUGCUAUUUCAGCCUCACUCCAAUUUAUGUGGCAGCUAAUUUUGGGGGAAUAAGAAAGGAUCAUGUGUAUCUAAUAUGGUGACUUGUGUAUUCGGUUCUCCCAGGUACUGUAUCUUAUUCCAUGCUUCACAUACUGUGUCUGUAGACUGUUAGCAUCGUUGAGUGUGUCGUUCUGAAACCUGGCACUGUUAUACAACACAGGAAACUGACUCCGGAAUCUUCUAUUCCUAGGUCCCUGCUGCUUUGAGCAUACUGUGUACUCCCACUGGCUUGGCCCAAAAAAAAAACACAAUCUGUAAGACAUGCUUGUACAGAUCUUCUUUUUUUCCAACUUGACACGGCACGAUCAGGCUCGAUUAACACUGCUGUUACAUUCCAAAGCAAUAUUGAGCAAUUUUUUUUUCUUGUUAUGACGAUCGUGUAAUUUUGUGACGUGUAAUGCUGCCAAGUAGUCAGUAUUAAGGAUGUUUGUAUUUUUAGUAAAAAGGGAUUUUUUUUUUAUUUGUAUUUUUUUCAACAACCAUGAGGCCGUCAACAUGUGGAGGUUCAUGUACGUUUAAUUUAAAAGCGUAUCACGAGUGGUUAUUUCAAAAAAAGUAUUCAUUAUUUUCCAUAUUUAAUACCUUCAGAUGUUUGUCUCUUGGUUUGAAAGCCCCUCAACCUGCUGUUUACAUUAAAGAUAUAAGGAAAUGAAUAUA